ACACUGGAAUUCAACCGUGUGUGUGAGCCCGCCCUGGAGGAGCGGGUCUGUCCGCGUCCCGGGCUGUGAUCUGUGAGACAGGUGUCUCUCAGGUGUCUCUCUCACCAUGUCGGUCAUCCCGUCCAGGCUCGUGUACCUGUGUUUACAUUUGCUGGUCCUCUAUUUUCAACUCCAGGAGUCCCAGCAGACCUCGGCUGACUUCCGGUUCUACAUCGAGAACCACACACGGAACCCAGAGGACCUGAGCCGCAAGCAGGUGCGGAUCUACCAGCUGUACUCCCGCACCACGGGGAAGCACGUCCAGGUGAUGGGCAAGAGGGUCAACGCCAACGGAGACGACGGCGGCAAGUUCGCGCUCCUAGUGGUCGAGACGGAGACCUUCGGCAGCCACAUCCGAAUCAAGGGCAAGGAGAGCGAGCACUACAUCUGUAUGACGGACAAGAAGAAGAUAGUGGGCCGGCAAGACGGACGUAAGCAGGAGUGUGUGUUCGUGGAGGAGUUCCUGGAGAACAACUACACGGCGCUGGUGUCGGCCAAGUACAAGGGCUGCUACCUGGGCUUCAACCGCAAGGGCCGGCCCAAGAACGGCUCGCGCACCGCGCAGACGCAGCAGGAGGUGCACUUCAUGAAGCGUCACCCCAAGGGCAAGGAGGACCCCCUGGAGGAGUUCCGCUUCACCACAGUCACCAAGGCAACACGCCGCGUGCGUCGCUUAAAGCUCCACCCGCGGCGGAACUGACGGAGCCUCCGCCUGCCGCUGCCGCCGCGGGGAUGCUACCGCGGCUCUGGUUUUAUUAUUUUUGUAAAAAGAAUCUCGAAACUUUUUUUGUCCCGUGGUGAAAAAUCACAAAAACACAAAACAAACGUUUGAGGAACUUUACUUGUUCUGCGAUAGAACGAGGAACCGGGAGAGGAGCGGAGACGAGGCGGAGGAGAAAUCAAAGAUGUUUUAUUUUUUUAUUGUGGACUGCGGGACGGGUGGUGUUGAGGUGGUGUUGAGGUGUCGGGGUGGUGCUGAUGCUGGAGCUGACGUGAGUGGGGAGGAGGGCUCGCUUCGGGACAGAGAGCGACUGACAUCAGUGCGGACCCCACACCCUGAGCAGCCCCCCCUACGAGCCUUUAUGGGAAUACCGUGUUGCUUUCUGUUUGCGUUGCCCCUGACGACGCAGACUCCAUACUUUCCAGUGGAAUCAGGAGCCAUGGAGACGAGGCCGUGACACCCGGCCCACCUGACAGUCGCUGCUCUCUCUCUCUCUCUCUCUCUCUCUCUCUCUCUCUCUCUCUCUCUCUCUUUCUCUCUCUCUCUCUCUCUCCCCGCCUCGCUCCAUAGUCUCUCUCCCGCCCGCCGCUGGCUUGGCCGUGCUCGCGGGCUAGCCAGGUGGAAUGCGCAGCGAUGAGCAGUCCCUGAACGAGAGGGCGACAUGCUUUGACUAGUCCGCCGAGUGCGCCGCUCUCAGCUCUUGU